UUUUAAUUUUUCUUCGGUGAAACGAUUUCAUUCCCGCACCUGAUAAAACAAACAAACCACAUCGGUGCGUAUUCCUUUUCAGUCAUGUUUCGUCUCUUCGUGCCCCUGGCCUGCGUGGCUGCCUGUAUGGCCGCCCCUAAGGAGGCCACUUUAAAGGGCUUCAACUACCGCAACUCCCCUGACAUUACGCCGAACUAUGGAGCCCUAGCCGACCGAGUUUUCGGGAGACCGGACAGCUCUACCGGAGAUAGGGUGGCCAUGUAUGACCCUGAGAAGGACGAGGUCAACCCUGAGGAACUGGGCAGCUACGCGGCAGGGGACAUCCUUGUGCCUGGGGUGACGAGUAGAAACGGUCUGGUGGCCACCACGUCUAGAUGGCCGAGAGGCCAAAUUCCUUUCGUCAUUUCAUCCAGUUUUGCUCCACGAGACGUCGACAUAAUCCACCAGGCGAUGGAUGUGUACCACCAGCUGACGUGCGUGCGUUUCUUCCCUUGGAGCGGCCGCGAGAAAGACUACGUGAGCAUCGAGAACAGCAACAGUGGCUGCUGGGCCUCGGUGGGCCGCACGGGUGGUAAGCAACAGGUCAACCUGCAGUCCCCGGCAUGCUUGAUGAGGGUGGGCACCGUGCUGCAUGAGCUCAUGCACACCGUCGGCUUCCUGCACGAGCAGAAUCGCGCUGAACGCGACCAGUUUGUCGAGAUACUGUGGAAGAACGUGGAGAAAAACCGCGAAGAAAACUUUAAAAAGAUCCCGGCGUCGGUCGCGUAUACUCAAAUUCCAUAUGACUAUGAGAGUGUCAUGCACUACUCGACGGCGGCGUUCAGCUCCAACGGAAAGCCAACGCUUAAGACCAAGAAGGGAGGCAACUUUAAAGUUGGACAGAGGGAGCGAAUGAGCGUUGGGGACAUCCAUAAAAUCAACAUGAUGUACAAAUGCGACGGCCCAUUUUCGUAUGUUUAAAUAUUGUGAGCAUUUUUCUGCGAUUUAUUAAAGUGUAUACACGGAGUUUUUCAAAACCUU